GUAGCCUCGCGCCCCUGCCGUGGGACCCCCGGUGUUCCGGGCGGCAGUGCUGCGGGAACCCCGAUCCACACUCUAGGGCGGCGAGCGGCGCGGCCCCGAGGCAUCCUGCCGGCCGGGAAGGCGCCGCGGCGCGCGCUGCUGCCACCGAGUCCUCCCCUGCUGUGGAGCAAUGGUAAAGCCCGCAGCUCAAAUUCCGAGAAUUGAGCUCUGUUGAUUCUUAGAACUGGGGUUCUUAGAAGUGGUGAUGCAAGAAGUUUCUAGGAAAGGCCGGACACCAGUUUUAAAGCAAAAUUUUGGACUGUGAAGCAAGGCAUUGGGGAAACACAACAUGGCCUCACCGGCUGACAGCUGUAUCCAGUUCACCCGUCAUGCUAGUGAUGUUCUUCUCAACCUUAAUCGCCUCCGGAGUCGGGACAUCUUGACCGAUGUUGUCAUCGUGGUUAGCCGUGAGCAGUUUAGAGCCCAUAAGACAGUGCUCAUGGCCUGCAGUGGCCUGUUCUACAGCAUCUUCACUGACCAGUUGAAAUGCAACCUUAGCGUAAUCAAUCUGGAUCCUGAGAUCAGCCCUGAGGGGUUUUGCAUCCUCUUGGAUUUCAUGUACACAUCUAGGCUCAAUCUGAGGGAAGGCAACAUCAUGGCUGUGAUGACCACAGCCAUGUACCUGCAGAUGGAGCAUGUUGUCGACACAUGCAGGAAGUUCAUCAAGGCCAGUGAAGCAGAAAUGGCCCCUGCACUUAAGCCUCCCCGUGAAGAGUUCCUGAACAGUCGGAUGCUGAUGCCCCAUGACAUCAUGGCCUAUCGAGGUCGUGAGGUUGUGGAGAACAAUAUGCCACUAAGAAAUACUCCUGGGUGUGAGAGCAGAGCUUUUGCCCCUCCUCUGUACAGUGGCCUGUCAACACCACCAGCCUCUUAUCCUAUGUACAGCCAUCUCCCACUCAGCAGCUUCCUCUUCUCUGAUGAGGAACUACGAGAUGCCCCCCGAAUGCCUGUGGCCAACCCUUUUCCCAAGGAGCGAGCCCUUCCCUGUGACAGUGCCAGGCCAGUCCCUAAUGAGUAUAGCAGGCCAGCCAUGGAGGUGUCCUCCAGCCUGUGCCACAGCAACACCUACUCUCCCAAGGAGGCAGUCCCAGAGGAGGCUCGGAGUGACAUACACUACAGUGUGGCUGAGGGCCCCAAGCCUGCUGCCCCUUCUGCUCGGAAUGCCCCAUACUUCCCCUGUGACAAAGCCAGCAAAGAAGAAGAGAGACCCUCUUCAGAGGAUGAGAUUGCCCUGCAUUUCGAGCCCCCCAAUGCACCCUUGAACCGGAAGGGUCUGGUUAGUCCCCAGAGUCCCCAGAAAUCCGACUGCCAGCCCAACUCACCCACAGAGUCCUGCAGCAGCAAGAACGCCUGCAUCCUUCAGGCCUCUGGCUCCCCUCCAGCCAAGAGCCCCACUGACCCGAAAGCCUGCAACUGGAAGAAGUAUAAGUUCAUCGUUCUAAACAGCCUCAAUCAGAAUGCCAAACCAGAGGGCUCUGAGCAGGCAGAGCUGGGUCGCCUCUCCCCUCGAGCCUACCCUGCACCGCCAGCCUGCCAGCCGCCUAUGGAGCCUGCGAACCUUGAUCUCCAGUCUCCAACCAAGCUCAGUGCCAGUGGGGAGGACUCUACCAUCCCCCAAGCCAGCCGGCUCAAUAAUAUCGUUAACAGGUCCCUGGCAGGCUCGCCACGAAGCAGCAGUGAGAGCCACUCGCCUCUCUACAUGCACCCCCCAAAAUGCACAUCCUGUGGCUCUCAGUCCCCACAGCACACAGAAAUGUGCCUCCAUACUGCUGGGCCCACGUUCCCAGAGGAGAUGGGAGAAACCCAGUCAGAGUAUUCGGAUUCUAGCUGUGAGAAUGGGGCCUUCUUCUGCAACGAAUGUGACUGUCGUUUUUCUGAGGAGGCCUCGCUCAAGAGGCACACGCUGCAGACGCACAGUGACAAACCAUACAAAUGUGACCGCUGCCAGGCCUCCUUCCGCUACAAAGGCAACCUCGCCAGCCACAAGACCGUCCACACGGGUGAGAAACCCUAUCGCUGUAACAUUUGUGGGGCGCAGUUCAAUCGCCCAGCCAACCUGAAGACCCACACUCGAAUUCACUCUGGAGAAAAGCCCUACAAGUGUGAAACCUGUGGAGCCAGAUUUGUGCAGGUGGCCCACCUCCGUGCCCACGUGCUCAUCCACACUGGAGAGAAGCCGUACCCCUGUGAAAUCUGUGGCACCCGCUUCAGGCACCUUCAGACUCUAAAGAGCCACCUGCGUAUCCACACGGGAGAGAAACCUUACCAUUGUGAGAAGUGUAACCUGCACUUUCGUCACAAAAGCCAACUGCGACUUCAUCUGCGCCAGAAGCAUGGCGCCAUCACCAACACCAAGGUGCAAUACCGUGUGUCGGCUGCUGACCUGCCUCCGGAGCUCCCCAAAGCCUGCUGAAGCAUGGAGUGUUGACUCUUUCCUCUCCAGCCCCUUCUCAGAAUCUACCCAAAGGAUGCUGUAACACUUUACAAAGGUCAUCCCAUGAUGUAGUGCCUCUCUCAUCCACUAGUGGAAAUCAUAGUUGGGGUGGGGGUGGGGGCGGGGCUUGAGGGACCGGGAGCCAAGGCAAGCUCUCCUUCCCACACUGCCAUAAAACAUUAAGAAAAUACUAUUGCUUCUUCUCCUAUGUGUAAGGCAAACCACGUCAGCAAAAAGCAAAAUCAUUUUCUAUAUCAAAGUAGGGGAGAAUGCAGAAGUUCUGACUUGACAGGUUGCAACAUGAGGAAUGUGAAUGUCCUGUGGGAACAGAGAUCUCUUUUGUAUGUAAAUGUGUAUUGUUUUAAAAGAUAAGACUUCAGUAUGUUGUCAAAGAGAGGGCUUUAAUUUUUUUAACCAAAGGUGAAGGAAUAUAUGGCAGAGUUGUAAAUAUAUAAAUAUAUAUAUAUAAAAUAUAAAUAUAUAAACCUAAAAAGAUAUAUUGAAAAUAUAAAACUGUGUUAAAGGCUCGAUUUUGUAUCUGCAGGCAGACACGGAUCUGAGAAUCUUUAUUGAGGAAGAGCACUUAAGAGACUAUUUUAAGUAUUGCGUCUGUAUAAGUAAGAAAAUAUUUUGUCUAAAAUGCCUCCGUGUAUUUGUAUUUUUUUGCAAGUGAAGGUUUACAAUUUACAAAGUGUGUAUUAAAAACAAAAAGAACAAAAAAAAAAAGCUUCAGAAGGAGAAAUGUAUACUUUUGUUCCAGUUUUCAGUUUGUACAUACCUGUAACGUGUCCUCACGGUGCCUUUUUACACGGAAGUUUUCAAUGAUGGACAGGUGUGCGCCAUCCCUUUUUGAAGUGUAGGCAGACACAGGGACUUGAAGUUGUCACUAACUAGACUCUCUUUGGGAAUGUUUGACUCCUCCCACAUUCUGCGUCAUGCUUGUCGUUAUAAUUACUCCGGAGACAGGGUUUGGCUGUGUCUAAACUGCAUUAGUGCGUUGUAAAAUAUAGCUGUACAAAACAUAAGAAUAAAACAUUGAAAAGUUGAGCUA